AUGGCUGAGUACGAAGCAUGUAUUCUUGGAAUUAGAAUAGGUCUUGACAUGAAUGUUCAUGAAUUACUGGUACACGGAGAUCUGAUCAAAGUACCACCCCACGAGCUCAAUGCGAUGAGUUCCCCUUGGCCAUUUGAAUGUUGGGGCAUGGAUGCUAUUGUACCGAUUGAGCAUAGGAUCAUUUUGGUCGCCAUUGAUUACUUGACAAAGUGGGUCGAAGCUGCUUCCUACAAAGCUGUGACAAAGAAAGUUGUGGAUGAUUUUGUUCGCAACAAUUUGAUAUGUUGUUUUGGAGUUCCAGAAUCUAUCAUCAUAGACAAUGGAGCAAAUCUGAAUAGUCACUUGAUGAAAGAGAUAUGUGAACACUUAAAAAUUACCCACCGCAAUUCAACUGCAUAUCGUCCUCAGAUGAAUGGAGCUAUGGAAGCUGCUAAUAAGAACAUCAAGAGGACACUGAGAAAGAUGAUUGACAACUACAAAUGUUGGCAUGAAAACUUUCCUUAUGCUUUGCUAGGUUAUCGCACCACAAUUUGA